UUGGCAACGUGGGACUCUGAGAAAGGACUGAAUGGUAGCCUACAAGAACGACGUCUGGGCAACGACUUACAAGGACUGACACUCAAAGUGGUGACUGUCUUGGAAGAACCUUUUGUGAUGGUGGCGGAGAACAUACUUGGGCAACCAAAACGGUAUAAAGGAUUUUCCAUUGAUGUCCUGGAUGCACUUGCCAAGAAUCUGGGCUUCAAAUAUGAGAUAUAUCAAGCUCCUGAUGGAAAAUAUGGACAUCAGCUCCAAAACAGCUCCUGGAAUGGCAUGAUUGGAGAACUCAUUAACAAGAGAGCAGACCUAGCCAUCUCAGCCAUCACUAUAACACCGGAACGAGAAAGUGUUGUGGACUUCAGCAAGCGAUACAUGGACUAUUCCGUGGGGAUCUUAAUCAAAAAGCCUGAAGAGAAAAUCAACAUCUUCUCUCUCUUUGCUCCUUUUGAUUUUGCGGUGUGGGCUUGCAUUGCUGCAGCCAUCCCUAUAGUUGGUGUCUUGAUAUUUGUCCUGAACCGGAUCCAGGCAGUCAGGGCACAGAACGCUUCCCAGCCGAGCCCCUCUGCUUCCUCCACCCUCCACAGUGCCAUCUGGGUCGUGUACGGUGCCUUUGUUCAACAAGGGGGCGAAACUACUGUCAAUUCUGUGGCUAUGCGCAUUGUAAUGGGAAGCUGGUGGCUCUUCACCCUUAUCGUGUGCUCUUCCUACACAGCAAAUUUAGCAGCAUUUCUCACAGUAUCAAGGAUGGAUAAUCCCAUAAGAACAUUUCAGGAUCUAUCCAAACAGAUGGAUAUAUCUUAUGGUACAGUCAGGGAUUCAGCAGUGUAUGAAUACUUUAAAGCAAAAGGGACAAACCCUUUGGAGCAGGACAACACCUUUGCUGAACUGUGGAGGACUAUCAGCAAGAAUAAUGGGGCAGAUAAUUGUGUAUCGAACCCUUCUGAAGGCAUCAGGAAGGCAAAGAAAGGAAACUAUGCUUUCCUGUGGGAUGUGACAGUGGUGGAAUAUGCUGCACUGACGGAUGAUGAAUGCUCUGUGACAGUCAUUGGAAACAGCAUCAGCAGCAAAGGAUAUGGAAUAGCACUCCAGCAUGGAAGCCCCUACAGAGAUCUUUUCUCUCAGAGGAUCCUAGAGUUGCAAGAAAGCGGAGAUUUGGAUGUUCUUAAACAGAAAUGGUGGCCACGGAUGGGACGUUGUGACCUGAAUAGCCAUACCAAUGCACAGACAGAUGGGAAGGCACUCAAGCUUCACAGUUUUGCAGGUGUUUUCUGCAUUUUAGCAAUAGGCCUUCUUCUUGCGUGCUUGGUGGCAGCAUUGGAGUUGUGGUGGAACAGCAACCGUUGUCAUCAAGAAACACCGAAAGAGUUACAGCACGGGCAGCAGCAAUGCAAACUUCCUCACAUUGCCCCACAAAUGUGCCUCAACCCUGACCUAGAGAGACCACCUUUAGGGGACAAAGAAGUGAACCUGGAGCAGGUCCAUAGACGCAUGAACAGUUUAAUUGAUGAAGACAUAGCCCACAAGCAAAUCUCUCCAGCGUCCAUUGAAAUCUCAGCCUUGGAGAUUGGUGGCAUGCAGCCAACUCAGACCCUGGAGCCAGUUCGUGAAUACCAGAACACGCAACUUUCUGUCACCACAUUUUUACCAGAACAGACAACUCAUGGUGCCAGCAGGACACUCACAGCUGCUUCCGGCAGCAACCUGCCGCUGCCCCUGAGCAGCUCAGCCACCAUGCCCUCCAUACAGUGUAAACACAGAUCGCCAAAUGGAGGACUAUUUCGUCAGAGUCCUGUGAAAACCCCGAUCCCAAUGUCAUUUCAGUCUGUACCGGGGGGAGUCAUUCCAGAAGCAAUGGAGCCCUCGCAUGGAACAUCCAUAUGA